GGAAUAACAUAGGCCAUAAGUCUUUUUCCCUUACUACAGAAAUCUGAAAUCUUAAUCUUUGUUUUUCCGGAUAGAGUGAAAUUGGUCCUUGAGAGAGAUUUUAAAAUCUUGUUCUUUGUACUCCCGUUUUCGCUGGUAAUGUACUUGGUCCCACAGAGUUUUCCGACUCGAGUAAGAUUUGGUGUUUAUAGGCAGUUUUUUCAGAUCGGUCUCAGUUGCUCCAGAUCAGUCUUUAGAAAAUUGUCCACAUCCUUAUGUUUCCAUAGGGAAUUCUACUGGAACGAUCGGUACGAUAAUAAUGAGGAGUUUCACUCCACUCAUGAGGACAAUAUACUAUAGAUAUAUAAAAGCGUGUCGGGCAUUCAAUCCAUUUCCGGAGCCGGGAUUAAUAUUUAACCACAAGUAAAACCGAUUUGUUUAUCUCAGUUACGGACCAUUGUUGCGUUGUGUCAAUCAUAUGACUUCAGAUACUGUAUGUUUUCUUAUAAAUGGGCCGAUUUCUCCAAAGGCUAGUUAUCUCCUUAAAAAAGUUCGACAAAGUACUCAUAGCAAAUCGAGGUGAAAUCGCCUGCCGUAUAAUCCAGUCAUGUAAACGACUAGGGAUUCGCACUGUCGCUAUUCACAGCGAAGUGGAUUAUUUAUCUCGUUUUGUGUCCAUGGCGGACGAAGCAGUAUGUGUUGGUCCACCUCCAAGUGCCCAAUCUUAUCUAAAUAUGCCUGCUAUUUUAAACGCUGUAAAGUCGACGGGUGCCCAAGCAGUACAUCCUGGUUAUGGCUUUUUGUCAGAAAACACUCUUUUUGCGGCGGAGUUGGAGAAAAUGAAUGUUGUCUUUCUUGGUCCUAAUUCUAGAGCUAUAAAAGCUAUGGGAGAUAAAAUUGAGAGCAAACGAAUUGCUAAUCAAGCUAAAGUUAAUUGUAUCCCAGGUUAUGAUGGAGAAGUGGAUGGUCCAGAUGAAGCUGCUAGGAUUGCUGCUGAAAUCGGUUAUCCUGUGAUGAUUAAAGCAUCUGCAGGUGGUGGAGGUAAAGGUAUGCGUAUAGCAUGGAAUGAAAAAGAGGCUCGCGAAGGUUAUCGACUUUCUAAAUCAGAAGCAAAAGCCAGUUUUGGAGAUGAUCGCAUGUUAAUUGAAAAAUUUAUAGACAAUCCAAGACAUAUUGAAAUACAGGUACUGUGUGACAGACAUGGAAAUGCAAUUUAUCUUAAUGAACGGGAAUGCUCUAUUCAAAGACGCAAUCAGAAAGUCAUUGAGGAAGCGCCUAGCACAUUUUUGGACCCAGCUUCACGUAAAGCAAUGGGCGAACAAGCUAUCUCGUUAGCCAAAGCAGUUGGUUAUGAUUCUGCAGGAACUGUUGAGUUUUUGGUUGAUUCCAAACGUAAUUUCUAUUUUCUUGAGAUGAACACUCGACUUCAAGUAGAGCAUCCAAUCACUGAGUGCAUAACUGGUGUUGAUGUUGUACAUCAAAUGCUUCGAGUUGGUAAAGGACAUCCGUUAAUGCUAUCUCAGUCUGAUAUACCCGUGAAUGGAUGGGCUUUUGAGUGUCGUGUAUAUGCUGAAGAUCCAUACAAAGCGUUUGGUUUACCAUCGAUCGGGCGUUUACGUACUUACAGUGAACCUUUGCACAUACCUAAUGUCCGCUGUGAUAGUGGAAUCACUGAAGGAUCGGAGAUCUCUAUAUACUAUGAUCCUAUGAUCUGUAAACUUGUUACAUAUGGACCAGAUCGUCAAACUGCCCUAAACACUAUGGCCAAAGCUUUGGACAGUUAUGUUAUUCGUGGUGUGACUCAUAAUAUUCCUUUGCUUCGUGAUAUUGUCACCGAAAAACGUUUUGUAUCUGGGAAUAUUUCGACAAAGUAUCUAUCUGAAGUGUAUCCUGAUGGAUUCAAAGGUAAAGUACUUGAUCAAAAAGAACUAGAUACAUUAAUUUCUGUUUCUGCAUCUAUAUUUGCUAAAAAUGAUGCACGCAUUCGAAACUGUUCUGGGGAGUUACAAUGGGAUUUAGUUGCAUCUGUCCAUGAAAAUAGUGCUAAUAGCGACCCUAAAAGUCGUUCGUAUAUUCGCUGCAUUGUAACACGUGACUGCUCAGGUUUUCAAGUUCGUAUGUCAUCGUGGGAGCCUCCCAAGCAUAUUAACCAACAGGAUGUAUAUGCUACUUCUCAAUCCUCCAAGUCGCAAGAAACAGUUGUUAGAGUAGCUGAUAAUUUUAAAUUGUCUGACAAAAUUAUAAACCAUUCAUAUGACGGUAAUGAAGUGACUUUGCAGUUACUCGACAAAGGUAUCAAUACUGUUUGCUUACAAUAUCUUGGUACUGCAUUUCCUAUAGAGAUUAUGAACACAACGGCAGCAUGGUUUCGUGCCGCUUAUAUGCCUCCCCCACGUGUUAUCGACUGUGGUUCAAUUUGUAUUGCUCCUAUGCCUGGCUUGGUUCGUUCCGUUGCAGUUAAGUUAGGUGAUCGAGUGAGCGAAGGUCAAGAACUAUGUGUAUUAGAAGCCAUGAAGAUGCAGAACAGCAUGACAGCAUCGAGAUCGGGAGUUAUUAAAAAAGUAAAUUUCAAAGCUGGUGAUUCUGUCGGUGAAGGUGAUAUUUUAAUUGAGUUAGAAAAAGAAUAAACUGAUCAAUAUUUAUGAAACAUUCCUACAAUAGCUUGAUUAACUUUUUCUCUCUUCACUUAUUAUGUUAACCAUUAUUUAU